UAGUGCCCUCCAGCUGAUAUAAACAUGAGCCCUGAGAACCAGAGCAGCGUGUCCGAGUUCCUCCUCCUGGGCCUCCCCAUCCGGCCAGAGCAGCAGGCCGUGUUCUUCACCCUGUUCCUGGGCAUGUACCUGACCACAGUGCUGGGGAACCUGCUCAUCAUCCUGCUCAUCCGGCUGGACUCUCACCUUCACAUCCCUGUGUACUUCUUCCUUAGCCACUUGGCCCUCACUGACGUCUCCUUUUCAUCUGUCACUGUCCCUAAGAUGAUGAUGAACAUGCAGACCCAGCACCUAGCUAUCUUUUACAAGGGGUGCAUUUCACAGACAUAUUUUUUCACAUUCUUUGCUGACUUAGACAGUUUCCUUAUCACUUCAAUGGCAUAUGACAGGUAUGUGGCCAUCUGUCACCCUCUACAUUAUGCCACCAUCAUGGGUCAGAAUCAGUGUGUCAUGCUGGUGGCUGGGUCCUGGGUCAUUGCUUGUGCGUGUGCUCUUUUGCAUACCCUCCUCCUGGCCUGGCUUUCCUUCUGUGCUGACCACAUCAUCCCUCACUUCUUCUGUGACCUUGGUGCCCUGCUCAAGUUGUCCUGCUCAGACACCUCCCUCAAUCAGUUAGCAAUCUCUACAGCAGGAUUGACAGCCAUUAUGCUUCCAUUCCUGUGUAUCCUGGUUUCUUAUGGUCACACUGGGGUCACCAUCCUCCAGAUUCCCUCUACUAACGGCAUAUGCAAAGCCUUGUCCACUUGUGGAUCCCACCUCUCAGCAGUGACUCUCUAUUAUGGGACCAUUAUUGGUCUCUAUUUUCUUCCCCCAUCAGCAACACCAAUGACAAGAACAUAAUUGCUUCAGUGAUAUACACAGUAGUCACUCCCAUGUUGAACCCCUUCAUUUACAGUCUGAGAAAUAAAGACAUCACGGGAGCCUUAAGAAAACUCUUGAGUAGGUCUGGCGCAGUGGCUCACGCCUGUAAUCUCAGCACUUUGGGAGGCCGAGGCAGAUGGAUCAC